AUGCAGGUCCCUCUGAUUCGCCUCCAGUGCGGAGUCAACUCCUACGAUUGGGGCAAGAAGGGAAGCGAUUCUGCCGCCGCCCAGUUUGCUGCCACCACCGCGCCAGCAGACUUCUCCAUCCAGGCCGACAAGCCAUAUGCAGAGGGUAUCAAGCUAUGGAUGGGCACUCACCCCUCAAACCCCUCCAAAGACGUCACCACGGGCCGGCCCCUCUUGGACCUGGUCAAGGACAACAAGGCCCUGCUCGGCCACGCCAUCGCUGCCAAGUACAGCAACAAGCUGCCAUUCCUGUUCAAGGUGCUCUCCAUCAACAAGGCCCUGUCCAUUCAGGCCCACCCGAACAAGAAGCUUGCCGAGCAGCUGCACGCCCGGGACCCAAAGAACUAUCCAGAUGACAACCAUAAGCCUGAGAUGGCCAUUGCCAUCACUCCUUUCGAGGGUCUCUGCGGCUUCCGACCCCUGGCUGAGAUCGCCUACUUCUUGACAAACGUCCCGGCACUGCGUCAGCUGGUCUCCGAUGCCGAGGCUGACGAGUUCAUCUCAGCUGUUAAGGGCCACGAGACGGACGAUUCGGCGGAGACUACCACUAGGAACAAGAAGGCGCUUCAAAAAGUCUUCAAGGCGCUGCUUACCGCCUCCAAAGAAUCUCUGGAGUCGGCCACCAAGGUUCUUGUGCAGGCCGCCUCAUCAGAAGGCAAGGAGUUUGCCAAGGGCGGCGUCGAGUCCACUUCCGGCGCUAUCCUCUCCGAGCUCGUUACCCGUUGCCAUGGCGAGUUCGGUGCCGACAUUGGCCUGUUUGUCCUGUUCUUCCUCAACUUCGUCACCCUCAAGCCCGGCGAGGCUCUGUUCCUCCAGGCUGACGACAUCCAUGCCUACGUGUCCGGCGACAUUAUCGAGUGCAUGGCCUCGUCCGACAACGUCGUCCGCGCCGGCUUCACCCCAAAAUUCCAGGACGUGCCCACCCUUGUCACCAUGCUGACCUACAGCUACGCUCCCAUCGACGAGCAGAAGAUGCAACCCGUCGACUACCCCUACGCCACGCUGAACCGCGAGGCCUACAGCUCCGGUUCCGAGGCCAUUCUAUACGACCCUCCUAUCGAAGAGUUCGCCGUCGUUCGCUCGGCUCUCAAGUCCAAUGGCUCCAAGGCCACCUUUGAUCCGCUGGCCGGACCUAGCAUUGUCAUUUGUACUAGCGGUAAGGGCAAGAUCUCCGUCGGCCCCACGGUGCAGGACAUCGAGGCUGGCAAUGUCUACUUUGUCGGCGCCACCGCGGAGCUCGUGAUGGAGGCCCAGGGUCUAGGCGAGGACGAGGAGUUCGUUGCGUUCAAGGCUUUCUGUGAGAUUGACGAUCACAGCAACGGAGAGAAGCUGUGA